AAUACCGUGGCAACCGUGCUUGUUAAUACUGAGUAGUAGGUAGUAGCCCACGCUUAGGUGGAAAUUGGUUCUGUACGAAAACAAAGCGUGUAAAGUGCCAACCGGCUCCAAAAAUCGUUCAUUUCUUAUGAGUGCCAGUAUAGUGUCAUGUCUGGAAGUGGAACUUCAUCUAGCAUGUCAGCACCAGUAGUACCAUCAGGAUCUUUUCCAUCAGCUUUACCUCCAUAUGGAAUACCUCCUCCAGGUUUCAUACCUCCAACUCCUGGAAUUCCUCCACCAUUCGGGGUGGCAAUGCCAAGCAUGGCACCCCCUUCUGUAUUUGGUGUACCACCCUUUGGCGCUUCUGCAGUCCCACCCUCAGGUUUUUUCCCUCAAACUAUGCCUGCACAAGGAAGUAUUGAAAAUAGUGAAAACAAGCGCACCUGGACUGAACAUAAAUCCCCAGAUGGAAGAACAUACUACUACAACAACUUAACUAAGCAGAGUUUGUGGGAUAAACCAGAUGAGCUUAAGACUGCAGCUGAGAUAAUGCUUUCACAAUGUCCGUGGAAAGAAUAUAAAACUGAGGAUGGAAAAAUUUACUACCACAAUGUUUCUACUAAAGAAUCAAGUUGGACCAUUCCACCAGAACUUGGAGAGCUAAAAAGUAAAAUUGCAACUGAAGAGUCAAUUAAGACAACAAUAGCAAAUGGCCAAACCGGGACUGAAAUUUUAUCAUCAACAGUUCAAAUAAGUACAGCAGCUAUGACAGUGUCUCAGUCGGUUGUCGCGGAUAGCUUACCAACUCCAACGCGUGCUCCAAUAUCAGCUCUUGAUCAAGCAAUGGCGGCAACAUUGGCUGCAAUAACCGUACCAUCUCCACAAACUGAAGAUAGUAUGGAUGCCAAACCUAGUCCUAGCAGUGACAGUAGAACUAGUACUCCAGAACCAAAAACAACCUUUAAGGACAAAAGAGAGGCAUUAGAGGCAUUUAAAGAGCUGUUAAGGGAAAAGAAUGUACCAAGUAAUGCCAGCUGGGAUCAGGCUCUAAAAUACAUUCAACGAGAUCCCCGAUUGGCUGCAUUGGGAAAAUUAACUGAGCGGAAACAGGCAUUCCAUGCUUACAAGACCCAAAAACAGAAAGAAGAAAAAGAAGAACAAAGGCUAAAAGCCAAGAAAGCCAAAGAGGAUUUAGAAGCUUUUCUUCUUGUAGACUCCAGUAUCAGUUCAACUACCAAGUACUUUCGUUGUGAAGAAAUCUAUGGGAACCUUGAGGUAUGGAAGAACGUUCCAGAAGGUGAACGUCGAGACAUUUAUGAAGAUGCCAUUUUUCACUUGAGUAAAAGGGAGAAAGAAGAGGAAAAAGCCCUGCGUAAACGUAAUAUGAAAAAUUUAACCCGUGUGUUAGAUUCUAUCACCGAUAUUACCCACAGAACGGCAUGGACUGAAGCUCAACAACUUCUGCUUGAUAAUCCUAGCUUUGCAGAAGACAACGACCUAUUAGCGAUGGAUAAAGAAGACGCUUUAGUUGUUUUUGAACAACAUAUUCGUGAAUUAGAGCAUGAAGAAGAGGAAGAAAGGGAGAGAGGUAAACGAAGAAUUAAACGUCUACAACGUAAAAACCGGGAUUCUUUCCUGAAUCUGCUUGAUGAACUACAUGAAAAUGGCAAAUUAACUUCAAUGUCUUUAUGGGUCGAACUAUACCCAAUAAUAAGCACCGACCUACGAUUCUCUGCUAUGCUAGGGCAGCCAGGUUCGAAUCCACUUGACUUGUUUAAGUUUUAUAUAGAAGACUUGAAAUCUCGAUUUCACGACGAAAAGAAAAUCAUUAAGGAGAUUCUUAAGCAAAAAUCGUUCGAAGUUGAUAUCAAAACAACAUUUGAAGACUUUGCUACUGUGGUGUGUGAAGAUAAACGAUCAGUAAUUUUGGAUGGCGGCAAUGUUAAAUUAACUUACAACGCUUUACUUGAGAAGGCUGAAGGUCGGGAGAAAGAAAGGUUAAAGGAAGAGAACCGACGUUCAAAGAAAUUGGAAAGUGCAUUUCGAAAUCUUCUUAGAGCUAAAGAAUUGGAUCAUUUAGUUAGUUGGGAAGAUUCAGUAUCAAAAUUGGAAGGAGAUCCUGCAUUUGAUGCGAUUACUGAGGAGUCCGAUCGUAUUCGUAUAUUUAAGGAGUAUCAACGUGACAUGGAAGAGACAUGUGGCCACCAUCAUUCGAGAUCUAAAAAAAAUAAGAAGAAAGAAAAGAAACAAAAAAGACGAUCCUCAUCUUCGAGGUCACCUUCCACCACAAGAUCGGGUUCCAGGUCAAAAUCGCGAUCCAAAUCUCCUUCCCGAUCUAAAUCUGAUGAAAAUGAAGCGAAGCUCGUUGAUGAAGAACUACCAUCUACUCAUAAGAAAAGCAAGAAAAAGAAGAGCAAAAAGAAGAAAGAACGUAGUCGUUCGCCGUCGUCAGAUUCCGAAGAGAAUCGGACAAAGGAAAAGAAGAAGGACAAAGAAAAAAAAAGCAGAAAUGACAGCGGUAAUGAUAAGAAGAAUAAAGAAGACGGUGAGUGGAGUGAGGAUGAACUAGAACGAAGAAGGCGACUCCUGUUGGAACAACUGGCGGAAGAACAUCAGUGAUUCAUCACUUCUAUUUUUUUCUUUUUUUGUUUAAGUGUUCCUUUUUUGAUCGAGUUUUCAUUAAAGUUUGAAAUAAAACGAUUCAAUUUCAA